AUGAUAAUAAUAUUUGCACUGAUUGGAAUUGUUUUCUCAUUUUUCGAAUUUUUAAUUCAUCCAUUUGUACAUUCUUAUAAUCGAUGUUAUAUUUUCUUCACAAUUGAAACUGUUUUCGGGUUGAGUAAAAAUGCAAAAACUUUGCUUCUAAAAAUCUACAGUAGUUUAUAUUGCACAAUUCUCUCAUUUUUGUCAAUUAUUUUUAUUUAUCGAUAUUGGUUCCUUUUGAAUUUUUCGAGAACAAAAUAUUUCAAUGGUUUUCGAUUAUUUAUUUGGUUUGCAAUUAGUUUGAUUUCUGGAUAUAUUUGGAAAUUAACACUUGAUUUGAUGGAAAUUAAUGAAGAAUCAGAGAGCUUCAUGUCUGAUAUUUUUGUCGAAAAUUACAAGAAGAAUAUUUCUGAAGUGCCUGGUUUGAUUUUUAUGAUUUAUGAUAGUAAAGAUGUUUUGAAUCUUCAACAUUUAUCAGUCAGUAUUAUCACAAUUUCUCUAGUUGUUAUCCAAUAUUCUAUCAUGAUAUAUUGUGGAAUUCGAAUGCAUUUCAAAAUUCGAGGAAAAGUCAAAAUGUUUUGCCCAAGAAAUCAACUUCUUCAAAAACAAUUGGUCAAUGCACUUAUUCGUCAAAUAAUAGUUCCUUCGAUAACCAUCGACUUUCCAGUUUUACCCAUUUACAUUUUACCAUAUUUCAAAACAAAUAUUAACCUUGAAACCGGUAUGGUUGUAGCGACAUUAAGUUCAUUUCCACUUAUGGAUAGUUUAAUCUUGAUGUAUUCUGUUUCUGAAUAUCGAAAACAUUUCAGUAAGAAAAUAUCAUAAAAUAAUAGAAGGAAUCCGUUUGUUUCAGAAUUCUCAAAGACCGAAGUCAGUAGCAAUUUGGCUACUACAAUGGGCUCAAUUGGUUUCCACAAUUGA